UAGUGGACAGCAAGAAAGUAAAAUGCUUCGAAAAAGGUCAUUUCUACCGGGAUCCCGACAGACCUGCGCACAAAAUGUGGACCCCGGAUGAAUGUUCAAAAUAUUUUUUAUGCUUGGAAGGCGAAGUCUUCGAUUUCAAAUGCUCCACCGGCCUUCUGUUUGACGUGAACAGACAAAUUUGCGAUUUCAAACUCAACGUGGAUAAUUGCGAUCUAACUGCAGAGGCGGUCAUACCGAAACCUUUACUAGAAGAAGCCGAAUGCAAAGAUGAGUCCCAUCUUGGUUGCGCCGAUGGCACUUGUUUGCCGCAAGAAUACUUUUGUGACGGAUCACUAGAUUGUCCAGAUGGUAGUGACGAAGGUCAUUGCGAUAGCCGUGAUGAUCCGAACGGCGCAAGUUUUUGUGACCCUGCUAAAUGCACGUUACCACACUGUUUUUGUUCCAAAGACGGUACAGGCAUUCCACUUAAACUUCUACCUUCGACGAUACCUCAAAUGAUCACAAUCACUUUUGACGAUGCCGUUAAUGAGGACAAUUGGGAUCUAUUUAACAGAGCAUUAUUCUUUAAGCAGUACAAAAAUCCCAAUGGCUGUCCAAUCAGAGCAACUUUCUUUAUCAGUCACCAGUAUAAUAAUUAUUUCUAUACUCAAAAACUUUGGAACGAUGGACAUGAGAUAGCCAUACAUUCGAUAACACACAGAGGUCCGGAAGAAUGGUGGUCAUACAAUGCAACAAUCGAAGAUUGGUUCGAUGAGAUGGUAGGCCAAGCCAACAUUUUGAACAGAUUCUCCAAGAUCAGAAUGGAGGACAUCAGAGGCUUGAGAGUUCCGUUUUUGAGAAUCGGUUGGAACAGACAGUUUCUGAUGAUGAAAGAAUUCGGUUUCGUCUAUGACAGUUCAAUGGUGGCUCCCUUCUCCAAUCCACCGUUGUGGCCUUAUACCCUCGACCACAAGAUUCCGCACCCAUGCGUUGGUAUAAAACAAGCGUGUCCAACAAGGUCCUAUCCAGGUCUUUGGGAAUUACCUAUGAAUCAGUUAGAGACCAAUGAUUUUACCUGCGCUAUGGUGGAUUCUUGUCCAAUCACCGUAUCCGGUAGCGAAAUAUUCCAAAUGUUGAUGCACAAUUUUAAGAGGCACUACAUGAGCAAUCGAGCACCCUAUGGGUUGUAUUUUCAUUCCUCUUGGUUUAAAAAUCCCAGUUAUCUCUCUGCCUUUCAGGUAAGUCUUAUACACGUAGAAAAAAAAUAAUUUUUCUAAAUUAUCAUUUAAUUAUAUUUUUAAAACAAAAAAAGUGCUUCAAUUUACUUGAAUUUUGGAUGUAAUAUUCUAAUUAUAUGAGUUAAAAGAAAAUAGUAGAGUCAGAAACAAAAAUGAAUAGAAAAAGAAAAAAUUGAAAAUAAUAUUUGAAAAAAAAAAAGAAAAACUAGCUAUAACCUAGCAUACUAAAAUUUAUCUAAAUUAAUAGUAUCGAAAACGUAUUUUUCUUUACUUGCGGUAGUACGGUCGUUCCAAAUUUUAAAACUACAUCCAAAACUCAAAUAUCUCCAAACUUGAUCAUUCAAAAACCUUUUCACAUGAUAUUAUUCUUCUCCUUGCAAGCCUUGAUGGCAUCGUUAAACCCUUGGCACAAAUUUAUAUCGCUGUGAGUAGCAGCGCAAUCCAAAAAUUGUUUAAUCUCCUUCGCGCAAGGUCCAACAGGCUCUUCGUACCUUUGGUCUUGUUGAUGAGAUCCUCCACCAAACAUCCCAGACACAGCUCGACCAACGGCGUGUCCCACGGCUGAUCCCACUGCUACACCACCAGCGGUUGCAGCCAUCUGCCCGAAGACACCUGGUUGGGAUUUUUCUUUGGUCGAACUUGGUGGAUGGGCUGGCAUUGAAGAGUAGCUUCUUUUGUUGCUGUAAGACGGUGAUUUGUUUCGCCGAGGCAUUUUUUUUUAUUGGUGGUACUUUGAAAUUUUGUUUAGGAACAAAGUGA